UCAAUAAGCAAGAAAGAAUCUGGACCCGGAAAAAGAUAACCUCAACCAUUCUGCUUACUCUGACAUUCUGACACUCUGACACUCUGAUACUCCAACACUUCGUCCAGACAUCCACCAAGAUGGCACAGACAACACCCGUCCACUUCUUCGACAUCACCUCCACCCUCCCAGGACCCUCCAAAUCAUGGUCCCCCAACACCCUCAAAGCGCGCAUGGUCCUCAACUACAAGCGCAUUCCCUACGUCGAAUCCUUCAUCUCCUACCCUGACAUCGCGCCCCUCAUCAGCCACCAAUUCGGCCUCCCCCCCAACGCAGAAGGCAUCCCCUUCACCCUCCCCGCAAUCAGCCACCCACCAACAGUCACCGAAAACCCACACGGCGCCCUCAUGGACUCCUUCGCCAUCGCCGCCCACCUCGACCGGAACUUCCCCUCGCCGCCCCUCUUCCCCUCCCUCGACGCAAGCUAUGCGCUCGCCCUCGCCGUCGACAAACUCAUCAACAAAGUCGCCGCAAAGGGCAGAACGCUCAUCAUCCCCCGCAUCGCAGACAUCCUGGACCCCCGCGGUCGGGAGUACUUCAUCAAGACGCGGUCCGCCUGGUUCGGCAUGCCGCUGUCGCAGCUGCGGCCGCGGGAUGAGCGCGAGGUGCGCGCCAUGGUCGACGGUAUGAAGACGGAGUUGGCGACAAUCGCCCAGAUGCUGCGCGGGCGGAUCGGCAAGAAGGGCCCGUUCUUUGAGGGCGUCCGGCCGGGGUAUGCGGAUUUCUUGGUCGUCGCGUUCCUGGCGUGGGUUGAGAGGGCCGAUAAGGAGUUGUGGCGGGAGUUGGUGAGUGUGGGCGAUGGGCCCUUGCAGGCGCUGUGGGAUGCUUGUCGGCCGUGGAUGGAGGGUCAGGGGGAGGUGAAGGAGUGGGAGGUUCGUCGUUGAAUGGUUUUAGUCUAUGUUAUCUUAUGUAUUCAUCUUUCAUAAGUAAAUAGUUAGGGCGCAUGGUUUGUAG